AUGGAGCUCGAGGGGCGCUGGCAGGACCUGGACAAGCUGUUGACCCGCAACGGCAACCUGGUCGGCCCCGGGUUCGAGCCAGGCCCAGAGCUGCGGGAGUUCCUCCAGACAGACUGCCGCGUGCUGUGCAUCGGCGCCGGCGGGCUGGGGUGCGAGAUACUCAAGGACCUGGCGCUCUCCGGGGUUGUGAACAUCGACGUCAUUGACAUGGACACCAUCGACGUGUCGAACCUGAACCGCCAGUUCCUGUUCAG